AUGGCCGAAUUAAGACCGUGCAGACCCGCCCAGCCUCUGUGUUUGGGUAAAUACGAGAGUAUUUCCCAUCAUUGCUUGAUCUCGGAGCAUUUCUCCCGUGGGAAACAGGCAGAAGGCAGAAUUCUGCCCGACCGCGUUCGUAGGCCUUGCCCAGCCCUUCUUCAGGUUCUCGUCACAGAAAAGGAAAAGGAAAAGGAAAAGGAAAAGGAAAAGGAAAAGGAAAAGGAAAAGGAAAAGGAAAAGGAAAAGGAAAAGGAAAAGGAAAAGGAAAAGGAAAAGGAAAAGGAAAAGGAAAAGGAAAAGGAAAAGGAAAAGGAAAAGGAAAAGGAAAAAAGAAAAAGAAAAAGAAAGAAAAAGAAAAAAAUG